AAGGGGGCUGGCAAUCGCGUGAGUGCAGCGGGCGUAGCCGUGCACGGGUCCUAGCGCCGGACCCGGCGAUGGUGAGAAACCACCGAAUAGGAGGCCGGAAGCAUCGGAAGUCACGUGCUGCCCGGGCUGCGCGGGUGAUUGGCUUGGCUGGACCUGAAUGAGGCGGGUGUGAUAGCUGAAUUGUCUGGGCAGGUUUGGAGUCUCUGGCAAGCUCCCCUGACUCUGCAUCCCUCCGGAGACGAAGAGGAGGGGGAGGCGGCCUGUCCUCUCUGGGAUCCAGUGGUCACAUCCCCCUCAGGAGUCCCAAAUGCCUACCUCCAGUGUCGUCAACAUGGAGUUCUGAAGUCCAUGUGGCUCUUCACAGUGAAUCAGGUGUUAAGGAAGAUGCAGAGACGCCACAGCAGCAACACGGAUAACAUUCCACCUGAAAGAAACCGCAGCCAGACGCUCAGCUCUGAGGCGAGUGUGGAUGAAGGCGGCGUCUUUGAGAGUCUGAAGGCAGAGGCGGCCUCCCCACCAGCGCUCUUCUCGGGCUUAUCAGGAAGCCUCCCCACCAGCUCGUUCCCCUCCAGCCUGGUGCUGGGCUCCUCCGCUGGCGGUGGGGACGUGUUCAUCCAGAUGCCCGCAUCCAGGGAGGAAGGAGGGGGCCGGGGCGAGGGGGGUGCCUACCACCACCGCCAGCCCCACCACCACUUCCACCACGGCGGCCACCGCGGGGGCUCCCUGCUGCAGCACGUGGGUGGGGAGCACCGGGGGCACUCGGAGGAGGGAGGUGACGAGCAGCCUGGGACGCCUGCCCCUGCCCUGUCCGAGCUGAAGGCUGUGAUCUGCUGGCUCCAGAAAGGACUCCCCUUCAUCCUGAUCCUCCUGGCCAAACUGUGCUUCCAGCAUAAGCUCGGCAUCGCUGUGUGCAUUGGGAUGGCUAGCACCUUCGCCUAUGCCAACUCCACGCUCCGAGAACAGGUCUCUCUGAAGGAGAAGAGGUCGGUUUUUUUCAUCUUGUGGAUCUUGGCCUUUCUGGCGGGGAACAUUUUUUUUGUGCUUUAUACAUUCAGCUCCCAGCAGCUGUACACCAGCCUCAUAUUCCUGAAGCCCAACCUGGAGACUUUUUUUUUCUUUGACCUGCUGUGGAUCGUGGGGAUCGCAGAUUUUUUUCUAAAGUACAUCACCAUCGCCCUCAAGUGCCUCAUCGUGGCCCUGCCCAAGAUCAUCCUGGCCGUCAAGUCCAAGGGAAAGUUCUAUCUGGUCAUCGAGGAGCUGAGCCAGCUGUUCCGAUCCCUUGUCCCCAUCCAGCUGUGGUACAAAUACAUCAUGGGUGACGACUCCUCCAACAGCUACUUCCUGGGAGGGGUCCUGAUCGUUCUCUACAGCCUCUGCAAGUCCUUCGACAUCUGUGGACGCGUGGGCGGAGUUAGGAAAGCCCUGAAGCUUCUCUGCACCUCUCAGAACUAUGGAGUCCGAGCCACUGGGCAGCAGUGCACAGAAGCCGGUGACAUCUGUGCCAUUUGUCAGGCCGAGUUCCGAGAGCCUCUGAUUCUCCUGUGCCAGCACGUGUUCUGUGAGGAGUGCCUCUGCCUGUGGCUGGACCGCGAGCGCACCUGCCCGCUCUGCCGCUCGGUCGCCGUGGACACCCUGCGCUGCUGGAAGGACGGCGCCACGUCCGCACACUUCCAGGUGUACUAGGACCGAACAACCGAACACUGAGGACACCCGGAAGGACGCCGAGGGUCAGCAUGCUCGGACCCAGCCCUGCGGGGGCUUCCUGAAAAACAGGCCUCAAGCACUUACAUCCUGCCUCUUGCCCACCACCACUUCUGACCCCAAAACCCCGCCGCUGUCUUGUCCUUCUGACCUUCACCUUCCUCUCUCGUUCUGUGGUGUAGUGCGUGCCUCCUUCCCCUGCAAAAGGGGACGACUUCCUAACUCAGACUUGAAGCCCUUCUAGAUGCGUCUUCCUUCUCCGCUCCAAGUCAAGGACCUGGCAAUACAUGAAGUUCCCACUUGUCGGUUAUUUUCUUUCUUUCCCUCCCUCCUUCCCUCCCUCCCUCCCUCCCUUCUUCCUUCCUUCCU